AAAUGGCUAGUGAUGAUCUUGAUUUAAAUGAUUUAGCUAGUGAUGAUGAAAAGGAUAUUAAAAUAAAUAAAACGAUAUCAAAGAAUUUAAGUAAAAGAGGACAACUGCCAAAGAUAGUAGACAAAGAUUCUAACAACGACAACAGUGAAGAUGAUUUUGACUUAGAUGAUGAUGAAGAUGAUUUUGAAAAUGAAGAUGAAGAAAGUGAUAUUGAUUUAGAAAAUUCUGAUGAAGAUGUUGAUGAAAUUGAUGAUGAUGAAGAAGUUGUGAAAGUUCAACCAAUUAAAGACAAUAAAAAAGGUACAACACUGACACCACAAAAAUUAAACACUAAAUUAGCAAAAGAGCAACCAAAUAACGCCACAAAUAAACGCAAACAGGAAGCAAUGGAACUCAUAUCUUCAUAUAUGAACAGCAGAUCUGAAAACCGUAGUAUAUGUAGAUUAUUAUGUAAUUGGGGAUGUUCAAAAUAUAACUGAUGAAAAACAUAUUCCAUCAAAUAAAAAGGGAAGAUCUUAUG